AAAUCAGAUAAGCAAGUAUUUACAGCCAGAAGAAGAGAUAAAUGUUUAAUAAGCUACCAAAGGGCUGUUCUUGGAAAUUAGUCCCAUUUGAUAUAUUUCACCAGCAUUUGUCAUUGUCUUGCCAGUCUGUAGAAAGAUGGCCCAUAAGCAAAAUUCAGCUAUGUUGCUUUUUACGCUCCUCAAAAUUUUAAUGUGUGUUAGAGCUGGCUGCCUUACUUGCAGGACAGGAACCCUAGACCCGGAGAAGCGGAAGAUGUUUCACAUUGAGCUAGUCAAGCAGAACAUCCUUUCCAAGCUUCAUUUGAAAGAGAAGCCUAAUAUCACCAAUCCAGUCUCAGGAGCUGCUUUGGAGGUAGCUCUGAAGAAACUAUAUAACAGCCAGGAAGAACAAUGGCAGAUAUCCAGGAAGAAAGAAAAAGAAUAUGAGAUGCUAAGCUUUGCAAAACCAGGUCUCUCAACACUCAGCAGAAGACGCCUACACUUUGACUUCAGACAGGAACAAGAAAGAAGCACUGAAAUGCUAAAAGCUACCUUGUACAUUUUCUGCCCAGUCAUUGGUCAACUUAAUCAAAGGGUGACAGUAAAACUCCUCCUCCAAAAUCCUCAUAAUUCAAAUAUGACACUUGGUGAAACAGACCUGGAGCUGAAGGAAGGCAGAUGGUCUAUGCUUGAGAUUGGGCCAGCGAUCCAGACUUGUUUCAGCCAAGGCUGUCAUGAGCUCAUAGUAGACCUAGAGGUUGAAAGCCAGAAGGAACCUCACGUCUUGUUACGCAACACAGACUCUCACCAACCAUUCAUAGUGGCCAAAGGUCAAAUCCUUGACGUGCAUCACCAGCACCGUCGGGACCUUCUCUGCAAUGAUAUAUCCAUGUGCUGCAGACGAAGCUUCUAUGUUGAUUUCCAGAAGAUUGGCUGGCAUGACUGGAUCAUCGCUCCUCCAGGGUAUUAUCACUACUACUGCACUGGCACGUGUGUGAAGGCGGUUAAUGGGAUUCCUGUUAGUCCAGCUGCUACCUUCUCAAACUUUCAUGACUUCAUCACCCAUAUGGAUACCUAUAGUCCAGAGCACUCUUGUUGUGUCCCUACAGAAUACCAGCACCUCAGCUUACUAUAUUUUACUCAGGACUACAACAUUGCCAAGGCAGAAAUUCCAAAUAUGGUUGUUAACACUUGCAGCUGCAGUUAAAUCAGCACCAGAAAGAUCAGGGCAAAGUAGAAUACGGUCCACAGAAAAGAGCAUGCUAAAUAAUUGUACCUUUGCUGAAGGUAUCAAAUUGACCUACCAUUCCCAUCAUGAGCCUUAACCCAAAAUGAGAGUGUUAUUGUUUCGUACCAUGAAGUUGCUUCCUCAUUAUUGCAACCCUAUACAGUAAUUACUCCUAGAAAAUACUAUCUUUUACAGCCCUGUUCGUCUCUUGCAAACGAAACGUUGUGGCUUUCUUUAUUGACCCAAUCAAUAAGUAAUAAUUCAUAGAGGCAAUGCAACUGAAUACUUUCCACAUCAGGGUGGGAAAACCAUGCCCAUCCAGAGGUUUUUGGACUGCAGCUCCUAUCAGCAUAGCCAAUGCUGAAGAAUCAUGUGAGUUGUUAUCCAAGAACAUCUGAGUGCCACACAGCCCCCACCCCAUUGCACAUUUUAUUGUGAGGGUUCAGCCUUUGGCUCCAUCUUUGACUCAAGGAAAUCAGACAUUUUCUGUUGCUUGGAAACAGGUGAAAGAUUUAUUGGUACUUAACAAUAAACAAGUGUCCUCAACAUGA